AUGACCGUCAACGAUUUUCUCGCCGGAUCGGUGGCCGGCGCUGCCGGGAUCUUCUUCGGGUACCCGUUGGAUACCGUAAAAACACGACUGCAGACCAGCUCCAGCUAUUCGGGCAUAAUUCAAUGUGUGGGGAAAGUGCUGAAAACGGAGGGGGUGCUAGGAAUGUACAAGGGGGUGACGGCGCCGUGUCUUUUUGCCGGCAUCCAGCACUCGCUUCUCUUUGCCGGCUAUGCCACGACGCUCCAUCUGAUGCAUCCGGGAGAGGCACACGUCGAAGCGCGCAAGGAUUUGCCACUCGCCGGAUCAACGCUAGCCGUCGGUCGCGAAAUCCUGGCCGCCGAGGGCUGGCGAGCAUUUUAUAAAGGUGGCCUGUCGAUGGUGCUGCGCGGAUUCCCGGUGAACGCCAUCAUUUUCCUCGUCUACGAGCAGUGUCUGCUUUUCAUGGAAAGGGAUAAUACCAGCCAGUUGCAGCUUCCCGGGGAAGGCUACUCGCUUACGCAA